AUGAAACGAUCAAAGGGUCACUUGAGGGAGCAGAAGGACACUCUGUUUUCUACAGGGGACACUGAUACCACCCCUGAUAAAAGACCAAGAUUAGACUGCCUUAGUCAGCAAGGGAAAGGCAGUUCCCAUGGCCGAAGAGCUUAUUAUGGACAGGACUUGAAAAGUCCCUCUCCGGCUACAUGCUCUCUCUCCACCUUGAAACGAUCAGAGGGUCACUUGAAGGAGCAGCAUGAGGCUCUGUUGUCUACAGGGGACACAGAGAAAACACCUGAUAAAAGACCACGAUUAGACUGUAUUAGUCUGCAAAAGAAAGGAGGUCCCCAUUGCCGAAGAGUUCAUGGAAAGGACUUGAAAAGUUCCUCUCCAGAUGAUUGUUCCCUCUCCAGCUUGAAACAAUCAGAGGGGCACUUGAUGGAGCAGAAUGACACUCUGUUUCCUACAAUGGACACCGAAGAAAUAUCUUCUAAAAGAAGGAGAGUAGGCAACCUUAUUAACCAAGUGAAAGAACAAGUGUCAACAGAGACUGUCUCUGAAGACAGUGCAAAGGUUCAGCAGCGACCCCACUCUACUGUGGAAGAGGAUUUUCAAAAAGAGGAGAGAAAGAAGGUCCGACAUUUACUGGAGCAACAAAAAGGAGUCAACCAACGAAGCUCCAUGCCUACUGCAACUUCAACACAUCCUAGUUCUCCAAGAAGUCAGAUGGACACAGUAAAGAGCAAAAGCUUGGGGGAUGAGUCAAGUCAUGGAUUUAAAACAACACAAUUAGAUCCAAGACCAUCUAGGGUUGUUGAAACAAGUGGAACUGUCCAUAAAGUGAAAAUUGAGGAGACGUGUUCAAAGGGAAAAGUUUCAGAUAGAGAGAAGAGCACUGGAGUCACACUCGAAAAUGAAAGUAGGACGGGACACCAGCUAGAACUGGAUUUCUCUGAAACAUUGUCACCCCCACUUCACCUGGGUGAUGGAAGCAAAGGCGUACUUAGCAGGAAAGUCUCAAGACUUGAGAGCAAAGAAAAACUUGGCUCUGGAAAAUCAACGGUGAAAAGGAUGGACGAUGAUCUUGAAUUGACGGCAGAUAUGGAGAAGGAAAUCAGGAAUGCACUAGGUUCUGGUCCUCAGGAUCAGAUCCUAAGCAGUGCUUUUAAACAGCGUAUCACUCGAGGAGAUCUCCAGACCUUAAGAAAUGAUCAGUGGCUCAAUGAUGAAGUCAUCAAUUUUUAUAUGAAUCUGCUCAUGGAAAGAAACAGAAAACAAGACUAUCCAGCACUUCAUGCUUUUAGUACCUUCUUCUACCCGAAAUUAAUGUCUGCUGGUUACCAAGCAGUAAAGAAAUGGACCAAAGGGGUCAAUCUCUUUGACCAGGAACUUAUCUUGGUGCCUAUUCAUCAAGAGGUACAUUGGAGCCUCGUGGUGAUAGAUGUAAGAAAAAAGUCUCUGAAGUACCUGGAUUCAAUGGGUCACAAGGGCCACAAGAUAUGUGAGAUGCUCCUUCAGUAUUUACAGGAGGAAAGUCAAACGAAAAGAAAUAUUGAUUUGAAUCUCCUGGAGUGGACACUUUACAGCAUGAAGCCACAUGAGAUUCCCCAACAGUUCAAUGGAAGUGACUGUGGAGUGUUUACUUGUCAAUUUGCCAAUUAUAUCUCGAGGGACAAACCGAUCACAUUCACUCAGCACCAGAUGCCUGUCUUCCGGAAGAAAAUGGUACUGGAAAUCCUUCACCAACAGUUGCUGUGA